UCCCUACUCCAAGGGUUGGCAGAACCGGAGAGAGCACAUUGAAAUUGGUUCCAUUUUAGGAUGAUCUGCCUAUUAAUGUUGAGGCAGAGGCUUCUGUGCUUUUAUACCGUGAGACAAGAAACGAUCCUGUGAACGAGCAUCUUGGGAAAUGCCUAAAUCUGAGCGGACGGGCCAGUAGGAACAAAGAAGCUCAGUCGAGCCACUCCUGCGGCCCCUCACAAUGGAUGGGGUGAAGUGCGACGAUUCGAAACCUGACAUCGAAUUGGGGAGAUGUGCCUUUCAUAAGCGAUCGAUUGCCAUAGCUGUGAUGAUCGACCAGGAUCUUGGGCCCUUAUAUGAGCCGAAUCGGCUUUGAGAUUCACAUUGCGUUGAAAGAGUCCCUUCGAUGUCUCAGGGAGACAAGAUCGUGCCACUGCGCGUCCAAGGCUUAGCGAAACCAGCUAGUGACACAUCGAGCGCUGGAAUAUCUAGUAUCAAGAGGAGACUCGAUGCCACAGGCUUAGACGAUGAGCCAUCAACCAGAGCUCUAACGCCGCCCUCAAUAAAGCAGAAGAUUCAACUAGCACUGAAUGAAACCUCCCGUAUCACAGGAGGGAUGGGGGAUACGACGUCCUGGGCCCAUCGUUCAUUGGCAACUUACAAGCACGAGUUGCCCUACCUAAGGGAAGAUUAUAACCGAAUGAAUUUCUCUGUGAACUUCGAUAAACUCGUAGGAAUUGUAUUGGGGGACUGCUUCCAAACUGCCCGUGAAACUUUCAGAAGGCAUAUUGAACAUGAAAGUAAUGCAGUCUCCAUUCUGCGGGGUCAUGCGCAGACCUACACGGAAGCCAAGGGUGAACCCAGCCUAUACGAUCCUUUUCGAGAUUUCGCAAACGAACUAUUUGGUUUCGCGGGAUUGCCGUUCUGUUUCCUAAACACGUCCCCAGGGCCCCGACCGAACGAUCGUCCUGACAAGAGUAAUCCUCAGCGAAAGCCAGAUAUUGUGAUGGUCCACAAAGACCACCUCACUCCUGGAGAGGAUCUGACCACCAUUGAUAUCAGAGCAUUCCCCUGGUCGAAGGUUGUUCUAUGCAUAGAGUUCAAGUACAACAAAGAAAAGAUGGGUCAAAAGGGACCACCAGGAACCACACAAACAAAAUCCCGAUCACGGAAACCAAAGUUCCAGACAGGGGUUAAGUUAGAUACAAAAGACGACCGGCGAAGUUCACGAUCUGCAACCCAUGUGGAUUCGAUGCGUUCGGAGAAAGGAAAGUCCCGCACCGGAGAUUCGCCCCAAAUGCAAGAACAGCUCGCAGCCUAUGCAAUAGAGAUGUUUUCCGCGCGUGGAGUCCGCCGACACGUUCUGGGCCUCUAUAUAGAUUCGCUGUCAGUCGAAUUCUGGUAUUACGACCGUUCGGCGGGAUAUGGGUCCUUACCGUGCCCAUUUGGGGAUCGCUGGGAAUCGCUUGCGAUUCUACUUCUUGCCAUCGGCAGUGCGUCCGCCUCACAAUUGGGUUUUGAGCCGAACAUAAAGCCUCCAUGUGAUGCUAAACUUGGACUAAGUUCCUCGAUAUUGGUAAAGGCUGCAGGCGCUCGGAUAGAGGUCAACGGAAAAGAAUAUGUAGUGGAAAACGAACAAUUGGGGAGGGCGCGAUCCCUCACUGGAAGAGGGACGGCUGUUUUUAAGGUGAAAGAGUCCGUAGUUAACACAAUGCAAGCAUCAGGAACAGGUUCAGCAUCGGAAGGUCUUGUGGUGAAACUUUCUUGGCAGCUCAAGGACCGACGAUCCGAAGCCGAUGUUCUCGAGCUCCUGCGUAAGAAGGGGAUUCCGUCCGUGCCGGAGAUUGUAUCAUCUGAAGAACUGGCACGGAUGCAACAUGGGACACACGGGAGAGUCCAAGAGAUUCUUAACUUGGAUGUCGACAGGGAUGAUCGAAUUUACCGCGCGAUCGUUAUGAAGCCUUUCCUUGUUCAUUUGACGACGAUUGCGGACUGGACCACGUUCUUCGAGUUGUUCAAAGGUCUAAUUAAUGUUCAUCGCAGCAUCUACACCGGGGCCGACAUCCUCCAUCGAGACAUCAAUCCGGAAAAUUUGAUGGUUAAAAUGGAAGCAGAUGGGAAACAUGUCCCUUUCCUUAUCGAUUACGACUUUGCUGUCUCCGUGCCUUCAGCAAACGACACCCCCGAUGGCGUGCCUUUGGCAGAUGACGCUCCCGACGAUCGCAUCCUAACCCAUAGAACUAUGGCGACACCGUUCCUUGCCCUGGAAUUGCUAUCUGAGCAGCCACCUACCGCACUUUACCGACAUGACUUGGAAUCCUUUCUUUAUUGUCUAUGGUGGAUUUCAGUCUCGUAUUGCGAGGGAAUACAAAUUAGAACCGAUCAACUGCUUGGUUGGUGCACAGGGUCAUGGAGAAGCAUUCGUUACUUCAAAAAUGGACAUAUGAAUGUCCGGGCAGUCGAUGAAUCGGUGUUCACGACGAAUAUGAUAGUUCGACAGGAAAGAGUGAAGGGCGACGCAGCACCGUUUGAAUGGGAGUCAGCCGGAGGAAUUAUAACUUGGGAAACCUUCCAAUCGUGUCUCUCACCGCAUUGAUGCCGCCGCCGUCCUUUAAUGUAGGAUAUCAAGGAACGAACCAUAUGUCACAUGUCCCCCUAGUGUUUCAUGAUCAAAUGCACCAGUACCCGCCUUCCUAUCGCGCAUCGAGUAGCCAUCGUGAAAGAUUUGACCAAGGUCCCAUAACCAGGACUGCUGGAGUGACGGAUAACGGCUGACUGUAUACCAUUCGCUGAGUUCAUCUUGCUGUAUUUCGGUCCCAUUUUCGUCGAAAC